UAUUGUUUUUGUUUUUUGUGUUUGUAGGUCGCUGAGCAUUGGGUGCAGCGUACAGAUACACAAGUUACCUAUAGCAUCAUCACAUCAGUCAUCCCAUUGUCGGUCAGUUCAUUAUAACCGACGGCCCCAACCCAGCACCAGUCUCCGUACGUCGCACGUUGACUGCGCUGUUCAGCGUUAUUGUAUGAAAGUGGCCCGUCCAACAGAGGUCAGUAGCACACCAAUUUUGGUUGCAAUUCAAGCUUGCUAUGAAAGCCUGAGAAGAUGUACUACAGCCCGUCAGUAGGCUUCUUGGAGGGGGAUGGCGGUGGUGUGUACCUGGGUGGGUGCACGACGACGAGCACGACGGCGACUGCGAGUAGCAUGUCCCACAGUGCAGCCUGGGACCCAACCACAAGCAGCCUGGCAGGGCAGGGGUGCCUGUCCUCCGCCUGGGUCCACCGGGUGCCCGAGAACAUGCCCUGGGCUCUGUGCUCGACUCCCCCGCAGGAGCAGCAGGUGGUGCGCUUCACGGCCCCUGUUGCGGUGCAGGCGUCGGCCUGGGAGCAGGUGGUGAGCAGCUGGGGCCCUGCCGAGGAGGUUCGACCCCGGAGGCAGCUCAAGCGGCACGCCCAGGUCCCUGAGGACUCGCUGCUGAGACCCUGCAAGCAGCUCAUCACAGAAGAGAAGAUGGUAGCCCAGAUGAGUGAGCUCAGCCUGGACACGGUUGACAUGCAGCUGGCCCUCCCUCAAGAAGGCGUCUGCAGCACGCCCCUGCCUCAAGAUGCGAGUGUGCAAGAACCCAAGGAAGGCCAGCUGUUGCUCUGUCCUGAGCUGCAGCAGUGUGUGGCUGUCAGGGACCCCCUGCUUCCCAUAAUGGAGGACAUGCGCAAGCGUGCCUCCAUGGCUCUGGUUGUGUGGCAGCCCAAAGUGAACCUGGUGGACCCACCCAAAGAAAGCAAGGAGAGUGGAGCAGCAAACACUGCCGAUGAAGAGACUGCAGACGAAGAUUGCAUGGACUUAUGACAUUCAUCAGCAGCACCGGUGCUGGUGUUUGGGGUCGCCCAGACUGCCCAGAAGUGACCUGGGAGCGCUCUGGUCUGGGUCAAAGAGCUGCAGCCAAGGCAGCACGCCUCUCGAGGUGGCACACGGAUAACUUCAUCGCAACACCCCUUGACAUUCAUGCUUCAUUGUAGAGACAAAUAUAUAGCCAUUGCUGUGAAACCUAAAA